UGCGCGAGGGUUACUCGGACGGCUAGUGUCGACGUUGCACUCCCCGAAAUCGUUUCUCUCUAGCUAGACCAGCACGCUGACAACACCACGGCGAACCUCUACACCCACCUCAUCGGCCACUGCAUCAAACAAGACUCCUCUUCGGGAAGUCUCUGCCAAGACUGCUCGAUCGCGCUGAAGAUAAUCAACAAGUGGCACAAUGGCCUGUUGUCUGUCCGAGGAAGCUAAAGAGCAGAAGAGGAUAAACGCGGAAAUCGAGAAGCAGCUGAAGAAUGACAAGAGGAAUGCGAGGCGCGAGCUCAAGCUGCUGCUGCUGGGAUGCGGAGAGUCGGGAAAAUCCACCUUCAUCAAGCAGAUGAGAAUUAUCCACGGCUCCGGUUACUCCGACGAGGACAAGAAAGGCUUCACUAAACUCAUCUACCAGAACGUGGUCAUGGCCAUGCAGUCCAUGAUCAAGGCCAUGACGAUGCUUAACAUCGAGUAUGGUGACGCCGCCAGUGUUCAAAAAGCCGAAACGGUCAUGGAAGAGGAUUUCGAAAUGGUUACCUCGUUCGAACCUCCCCUUUCGACUUACGUUGAGGAAUUGUGGAAAGACACUGGAAUCCAAGAUGCUUACGCCAGGCGUCGCGAAUACCAGCUCACAGAUUCUGCCAACUACUACAUGUCCGACUUGGAUAGAAUCAAGGCACCCGAUUACCUGCCCUCUGAGCAGGACAUUUUGCGAGCUCGUCAGCCCACUACUGGAAUUAUUGAGUACCCAUUCGAUCUGGACUCUAUCAUCUUCCGAAUGGUGGACGUGGGAGGACAGCGAUCUGAAAGACGGAAGUGGAUUCACUGUUUCGAAAAUGUGACAUCCAUCAUUUUCUUGGCCGUGCUCAGCGAGUACGACAUGAUCUUGUAUGAAUCUGACAAUGAGAACCGUAUGAACGAAUCUCUGGCUUUGUUCAGAACCAUCAUUACCUACCCGUGGUUCGCCAAUUCGUCCAUUAUUCUUUUCAUGAACAAGAAAGAUUUGUUGGAAGAGAAAAUCGUCUACUCUCAUUUGGUCGAUUACUUUCCCGAUUUCGAUGGGCCGAAGCAGGAUGACAUUUCUGCUAAGAAUUACAUCUUGAAGAAAUACUUGAACGAAAACCCUGACCCAGAGAGAACUUGCUACUCUCAUUUUACAACUGCCACAGAUACUGAGAACAUUAAGCUUGUGUUCUGCGCCGUCAAGGACACCAUCAUGCAGAACGCUCUCAAAGAGUUCAACUUGGCUUAAAAAUUGGAUUUCGGCUGAUUUUAUUGAUUUAAUUUUGAAUUAUUUCAUCUCCCUUAUUUAUGUUAUUAAAUUUGUUUUGCUGAUCCAGCAAAAAUCCACCCCGGCUUCUCUGAUAUUUCUUGUAUAAAUGAAAAUGGCAGCGAUGAAUAAAAUAAGUUAUAAAAUGUUUAA